GGUGGGGGCGGGGAGGGCCUGCCUCCCACAGCUCAGCCUGGUGUCCGUCUGUCCAUCCCAGGGCCAUGUGGCCUCCGGGGCAUCCAGUCGCGCGUGGUGGGUGGAAAGGACUCAGAGCUUGGCCGCUGGCCUUGGCAGGGCAGCCUGCGCUGGAAUAAAGUCCACCUCUGCGGGGCGAGCCUGCUGAACCGCCGCUGGGUGCUCUCAGCCGCGCACUGCUUCCAAGAGAGCGCCAAUCCCAAUGAAUGGACGGUCCAGUUUGGCGAGCUGACCUCCUCGCCGUCCUUCUGGAGCCUGCGAGCCUACCUCCAUCGUUACCGGGUUCAGGAUAUCGUCCUGUACUCGGAGCGCGUGAUGCCUUCCCGGAACGACAUUGCCCUGCUGCGGCUGGCCUCCUCCGUCACCUACAGCAAGCACAUCCAGCCCGUCUGUAUCCUGGCCUCCUCCUCGGAGUUCCAGAACCAGACCGACUGCUGGGUGACCGGCUGGGGGCACAUCCGUGAGAAAAAGCGUGAGAUGGGGGACAGCUGGGUUGGGAAGGGAGCAUUAUCCUCUAGACCCAGUUCCAGCCACACCAGCCACCACCUGGGCUGCACCCUGGCCGGGCCUGCAUGAUCCGCACGCUGGCUCUCCACUCCCGCUGCCCCUUAAAGAGCAGGGCUCUCUGUCGGCACACUCGACUCCCCCUUGCGAAGCAGAGUUGAGAGGGAGGCCGGUGCAGGCCCGGGCCCCCUGCAGCAGUGUGCAAAGUUUUGGAUGGACUUGUCGGAAAGGCAGCAAGCGCUGUUUCUCUUUUACUGAGCUCUUAUUCGUAGCUUCUCACAUUCACCCCUCCUAACGCAUCCAGUUCAGCGGGGUGUUUUCAGUAUAUUCACAGAGUGGUGUAACCAUCAGCACUACCUCGUUACAGAGCAUUUUCAUACCUCAAAAUAAAUCCCCAGCUUAUUAGCCAUUACUCCAUAUUCCCCCUUGUGCUAGGGCCACAGCCCCUGGCAGCCACUAACCGGCUUUCUGCCCAUGAGUUGCCCACAAUGGACACUUCAUACAAAUACCAUCUGACAGGAGUUCCCGUCGUGGCUCAGUGGUUAACG